AUGACGAUUGAACAACAAAGAGGCGGAGAAAAGUUAGAGAGAGAGGAGAAGCAACGGCCGAAUGCGGUAUUACCCGUGACCCCUGUUUCGGAGUUACAGGGCAGACCGUUCCCGAAGACUGCAGCCUGUCUGGUGAUCGGCGACGAGAUUCUUAAUGGAAAGGUGGCCGAUACAAAUUCCGGGUUUUUUGUCAAGUUUUGUUUCAAUCAUGGAAUUGUCGUUAAAAGAAUAGAGGUCGUUCCUGACGAGGAAGGGACUAUAAUUGAAGCUGUGAGGCGCCUCAGCAGCAAUUACGAUUUCGUUGUCACCAGCGGAGGAAUAGGGCCCACGCAUGAUGACAUCACGUAUCCGUCAAUAGCGCGAGCGUACGGUCUCCCACUGAAGUGCCAUCAACCGACGCUGGAUCGCAUGAACGGUGUGACGAAGGGCGUUCCGUUAAUGCAAUCCGACUCACGCAAACGCAUGGCACUCUUCCCGGAGCCGUCGCUCGUCGUCUUCCCUAGCGAAAGUCUGUGGGUGCCGAUAGUCAUUGUUAACGAGAACGUCCACAUAUUACCAGGAAUACCCGUGUUAUUUAGAGGAAUGUUAUCGGGGUACGGGAAAUAUCUUCGGGAGGGUGAAAAAUUUGUCACGAGGUAUGUGAAAACGUUCAAACAGGAAUCUCUCAUCGCACCGGUGUUGGCGUCGACCCAGAAGAAAGUGGAGAGCCUCGGAAUAAAGAUUGGAAGCUAUCCGAAAUGGACUGAAAACAAGAGAUUGGUGGUGGUGAGCUUGUUGUCAAGGGAGACAAACCGAGACGUGGUGACGGAGUUGGCCAAGGAGGUGGCGGCAGAGGUCGACGGAGUUCUGAUCGAUAAACUCGAUGAUGAUGAAGAGGGUGAUGUUGUCAAACCUGUUUAA